UUGAAUUCACUUGGAUGUAAAAAUAGGGGGUUAGAUUACAUUCACUUCUCCCUCCUAUUUGAAAGUCACAUUUUUCAAAUUGUUCUACUUAAGAAAGUUUGAAUAUUAUUUAAAUAGCUUUGUGCUAAAGGCUUAAGUGUUGUUUAAAUGGUAUUGUGCCGAAAUAAGCAAGAAACACUAUGCCUAGAAGUUUUAUUUUUACCAGAGCUACAAGAAGUUCAUUUAGCCUGUAAUUAUAGAAGUGCAAAUACAUUUAAUGGUCACUUCCACAAUGGCCCUGUUUCUUUAAGAGACUGUGGUUGUUAAGUUAAAAGUUCAUUGAACCAUAUGAGGGUCAAUAAAAGAAUAAAUUCGCUGGUUAGUGAUUCGAGGACAAGGAACUUGAUCGCAGUUCAGUAUCUGUGUGUCCAUAUGCUGCUCACAGGCAGAGGAUAGCACGGGAACCUUCCCUGCUCGCUGCUUUUCUCUCAGCAUGGCUUCUGGAAGACUCAUCAAGCUCCUAAUUUUUGAGCUCCUUGAGUUUGCCACUUUCUCCGUUCCCACACUUGUGAUUAUGGAACAGUUUGCCACUGCCUAUCAAAGGACAAGAAAUGUGAAUGAGAGAACAUACUACUGGCUGAUUGUUUCCUGUUCUAUCGCCUAUGUCGCGUCAAUGACUCUACUGAUUUGGGUUCCUGUGAAAGUUCUCUUAUACAAGAAACGUCAUCUUUACCGAAAAAUUAAAGGAUGGAGACCUGUUAUGAUGAUGUGUGUGGUACUCACCACACUUCCCUGCUUCAUCUUUUCUAUAGCAGUGACCGAGGUUCAAAAGGUCAUCAACGGUACCGCUGAUGUAUUACCAGAUACCUUGCCUGACCUGCCGGUGUCUCUGGUGAUCUCAUCCUUGAUUGUUACUGAUAUUAUUGAAAAACUCAGGGUUUAUCCUCUUCGAGGAUAUCAAAAGAGUAAUGAAGAUAAACAUAUCCAUAUAUCCUCUUUGCAACAAAUGAAAACUGUGACGGAGCAAGUGAAGCAAAAUGGAGAGAGCCCUGCAUCUCCCCCGGCAGCCAAGCCACCCGAGACUUCGCAGCCACCAGGAGCUUUGCCAUACAGCGCCAUCCCUGUGCUGACGGGACCCCAGGAGCCUUCCUGUGACUCGGGAAUCCUGAAGACACUGUCUCGACGGGAUAUCCGGGCUGAGAUAUUCCUCUGGAGUUUUCUGGUGUGGUCUGACACCAUAGAGAUGGUUCGAGUUGCAGGCCAUCCUAAUGUGUACAAGACAAACUGGCUAUACCCCAUCUAUUUAUUCAGUUUCAUUUCUCUCAUCCGAUUUGUAUUCACCCCCAAAAAUCCUCUUCUGAACUCCCUGGGUGUCCUGCUGCAGGAUUUACCCUUUGUGUUUGUGAGACUUAGUUUGAUCAUUGUUUUGGGGACAAUCACACCUGCCCUGGGCCUUUUUAAGAAUGUGCUGGUGACUCUGUCUUAUGUUUACUUCAACUACCUAACCAGAUUCCGGGUUUUCUCAAGCUUUGAAGUGUCUCCAUUCUAAGAAGAUGCCGUGUAAUGAGACUUCGUUAUAGUCAUGCGGACAUUACAACAUUAGUGGGUUUUUUGGGGAGGGAUUGGCGCCUGUUUUUGCACUACAGAAGAAACAGAGAUCAAUUUUUAAUGUGCACAGAUGGUGCUAAAGUUCAACAAAAUUCUAAGAAUUUGGUGCCAGAUGAUCUCUUUCAGAAAAUGCUAGUAGUUUUACUUACUUCAGAAAGUUCAUGGAGAGUGCAUGUUAAGG